AAUAAGUAAGAAGAGGACGCACAUCUCACAGAGGCGAAUUAGCUAGCUGUGUAGAAGGCUAGCACUAGCUAGCUUCUUUUAGCUCUGGCUUAACAACCAGAAAUUUACACCAUCUUCUACUGUCAUAUUAAGAUCAGACGCCAAGAAGUUUCAAAUCUCUUGGGUUCUGACUCAGCAAAAUGGGGAAUCAACUGGCUGGAAUCGCACCCUCUCAGAUAUUAUCUGUGGACAGUUAUUUCUCAGACAUUCAUGACUAUGAGUAUGACAAAAGCCUGGGCAGCACUAGGUUUUUCAAAGUUGCCAGAGCAAAGCACAGGGAGGGCCUGGUUGUGGUGAAGGUCUUUGCCAUUCAGGACCCUUCAUUACCUCUGACUAGCUACAAGCAAGAACUGGAAGAGCUGAAGAUCAGGUUGCAUUCUUGCCAGAACUGUCUGCCCUUUCAGAAGACUUCACUCACUGAAAAAGCAGCCAUCCUCUUCCGCCAGUAUGUUCGGGACAACUUGUAUGACCGCAUUAGCACACGUCCAUUUCUAAACAAUGUAGAAAAGAGAUGGAUUGCUUUUCAGAUCCUGAAUGCUGUGGACCAGGCACACAAAUCAGGAGUGCGCCAUGGUGAUAUCAAGACAGAAAACGUCAUGGUGACCAGCUGGAACUGGGUGCUGUUGACAGACUUUGCUAGUUUCAAGCCCACUUACCUGCCUGAGGACAACCCAGCAGAUUUCAAUUACUUCUUUGACACAUCUAGGAGGAGGACCUGUUACAUAGCCCCAGAAAGAUUUGUUGAUGGUAGCAUGUUCACUACAGAAAGUGACCAGACAACCCCCCUGGUGGACCUCAAUAGCAGUAGCCAGAGAACUAGAGGCGAGCUGAAACAACCCAUGGAUAUUUUCUCUGCUGGCUGUGUGAUUGCAGAGCUCUUCACAGAAGGAAUACCACUGUUUGACCUCUCUCAGUUGUUAGCUUAUCGUAAAGGACACUUCCAGACUGAACAAGUUCUUAUGAAAAUUGAAGAUAGGAGUAUUCGAGACCUGGUUGCUCAGAUGGUGCAGCGUGAACCAGAGAAGCGCCUGACAGCAGAGGAGUAUCUGAAGCAGCAGCGAGGCAAAGCCUUCCCAGAUAUCUUCUACACUUUCCUACAGCCUUAUAUGGCCCAGUUUGCCAAGGAGACCUUCCAGUCAGCUGACGAACGUGUUUUGGUGAUCCGCAAAGACUUGGAGAACAUCCUUCACAAUUUGUGCAGCGGCGGGCAAUCAGGGAAGGGAGAGAAACAGGAGAAGGCAUCCCAAGAGAUGGGCUCCACCAAGGAGCAUGGGCUUGUUAUACUAGUGUCAGUUAUUACAUCUUGCCUACAGACUCUGCGUUCUUGUGACUCCAAACUGGCUGCUCUGGAGUUGGUGCUUCACUUGGCAGGUCGACUGAGUGUGGAGAUCUUGCUGGACAGGAUCACGCCCUACUUACUGCAUUUCUGCAAUGACUCUGUGCCCCGGGUCAGGGCAGAAGCAGUUCGCACUCUUACCAAGGUAUUAGCCUUGGUCAAAGAGGUACCCCGCAAUGAUGUUAAUAUUUACCCAGAGUACAUCCUGCCUGGUAUUGCUCACCUGGCACAAGAUGAAGCAACUAUUGUCAGACUGGCUUAUGCAGAGAACAUUGCCCACCUGGCUGAGACAGCCUUACGAUUCCUGGAGCUGGUGCAGGAAAAUAAUCUUAAUACUGAACAUGACUUGAAUGGGGAGGAUGCUGAGGAAGCUCUUCAUCCUAAUGAGAACUAUGACUCAGAGCUGCAGGCGCUUCAUGAGAUGGUGCAGCAGAAGGUGGUGACUUUGCUCAGCGAUCCGGAGAACAUUGUCAAGCAGACACUGAUGGAGAACGGCAUCACCCGUUUAUGCGUGUUCUUUGGCAGACAGAAGGCCAACGACGUCCUCCUAUCCCACAUGAUCACAUUCCUUAACGACAAGAAUGACUGGCAUCUCAGAGGGGCUUUCUUUGAUAGUAUCGUGGGUGUGGCAGCCUAUGUGGGCUGGCAGAGCUCCUCCAUCCUGAAACCACUGCUACAGCAGGGCCUUAGUGAUGCUGAGGAAUUUGUCAUCUACAAGGCCCUCAAUGCCCUCACUUGCAUGUGCCAGCUAGGCCUUCUCCAGAAACCGCACAUCUAUGAGUUUGUCAGUGACAUUGCUCCCUUUCUGUGUCACCCCAACCUGUGGAUUCGCUAUGGGGCAGUGGGCUUCAUUACCGUGGUGGCCCAGCACCUAAAUAUUGCUGAUGUUUACUGCAAACUGAUGCCCCAUCUUAACCCCUUCAUCACCCAGCCUAUCAUACAGAUUGAUAAAGAGAUUGUCUUGCUGAGUGUGUUGAAAGAGCCGGUGAGUCGUUCCAUCUUCGACUACGCUCUGCGUUCCAAAGACAUUAGCAGCCUCUUCAGACACCUGCUGCUCCGCCAGAAAAAACGAAAUGGCUCCAUCCCAGAAUGCCCCAUUCCUGAGGACCCAGCCAUCGCACAGCUGCUCAAGAAACUGCUGUCCCAGGGAAUGACAGAGGAAGAAGAGGAUAAACUUCUGGCACUGAAAGAUUUCAUGCUCAAGUCCAACAAGGCCAAAGCCAACAUCGUGGACCAGAGCCACAUGAGUGACGGUGCCCAGAAUGGGGUCAUAGACCUGGGUAUGCUGGGAAUCACUGGUCGGCAAGUGGACCUGAUCAAGCCCAAACAGGAAUCUGAGGACAAGCGAGCUCGGAAACACACGAAGCAGGACUCCAACUUGAACGAAGAGUGGAAGAGCAUGUUUGGUUCCUUGGACCCUCCCAGUACAGCGCAGACUCCGUCGACGGUACCUAAUGUUCUAGUUCCAACCUCUGGUGGUGGUGAACCCAGCGGAACUCUGGCCGGAGAGUGCCUGCGAUCCGAGAGUUCCUCACCGAUUCUUAACCUCCCUCAUGUUCCAUCCUCAGCCCAGGUGACUGAGAAUGCAGGCACCCAGCCAAGGAAAGUUGCAGCACCCCCCACUGUUCAGGUAGUGCAGUCUGUGAGUGGAGCAUCCACGUACCAGCGACGUAUGACCACGUGCAAAGCAGAGCUACAGCAGCUGGUGCAACAGAAGAGGGAGCAGUGCAAUGCAGAGCGCAUGGCCAAGCAGAUGAUGGAAAGUGCUGAGUGGGAAAGCAGGCCUCCACUACCAGGCUGGCAUCCCAAAGGCUUACUGGUAGCCCAUCUUCAUGAACACAAGUCGGCAGUGAACAGAAUCCGAGUCUCCGAUGAGCAUUCAAUCUUCGCCACAUGCUCUAAUGAUGGAACUGUGAAAAUAUGGGAUAGUCAGAAAAUGGAGGGCAAGACAACCACCACCAGGUCAGUGCUGACAUAUACACGCAUAGGAGGCCAUGUGAAAACCUUGACCUUUUGUCAGGGGUCACAUUACUUAGCAGCUGCAUCGGACAAUGGAUCCAUCCAGCUACUGGGGAUUGAAGCCAACAAGCCUCCCAAAUCGCCUAAAGUUCAUCCUGUUCAGACCAGGUUUCUGGAUCUAAAGGAUGAUGGGUGUGUGGUGGAUGUCCAUCACUUUAAUUCUGGAGCCCAGUCAGUAUUGGCUUAUGCCACUGUUAAUGGUUCACUGGUAGGCUGGGACCUACGCUGUAACACCAACGCCUGGACGCUACGUCAUGACCUGCGCCUGGGUCUCAUUACCUCCUUUGCUGUGGACAUGCAUCAGUGCUGGUUGUGUUUAGGCACAAGCAACGGCACCAUGGCAUGCUGGGACAUGAGAUUUCAGCUGCCUAUUUCCAACCACUCUCACCCAGCUCGAGCACGAAUAAGGCGUCUGCUCAUGCACCCGUUGUACCAGUCCUCUGUCAUUGCAGCUGUACAAGGAAACAACGAAGUUUCCAUGUGGGACAUGGAAACAGGGGACAGGAAGUUCACUCUCUGGGCUAGCUCUGCCCCACCUCUUUCAGAGAUGCAGCCAUCUCCUCACAGUGUGCAUGGGAUAUACUGCAGUCCUGCAGAUGGCAACCCCCUCUUGCUGACUGCUGGUUCUGACAUGAGAAUUAGAUUCUGGGACCUUGCCUACCCUGAGCGGUCUUAUAUAGUCGCAGGUGGUGCCAAUGACUCUCUUCAUUGCCCCUCUGUCUUUUACAACCGCAAAAUCAUCGAGGGAACAGAAGUAGUCCAGGAGAUCCACAGUAAACAGAGGAGUGGGUCCACUGAAGACACUCCCCGUCGGGGGCCAGAAUCACUUCCUGUGGGUCACCAUGACAUCAUCACAGAUAUUGCCACCUUUCAGACCACUCAGGGUUUCAUAGUGACUUCCUCCAGAGAUGGAAUUGUCAAAGUCUGGAAAUGAGAGAUGAUUUUGACCUGCCAUUGAGAACACUCAUUCUGUAGAGGUCUCAUAAUCUAACAUGUAGUGCACAUCUUAGUAUAAAGUCAGUUAAUAUAAAAGAAGGACAGAAAGUGUCAUUAAGUAAACAAGAAUUUGAGUGUGACUAUGAUAUAAACUUUUGACUCAUUCUUGCAAAUUCUGUAACCGAUGUUGUGCCACCAAACAUAACUGUACAAUGUUGCUUGUUUUUAAUGGGUAGCUGCUAUGAAUGAGUGUAAAGAAAAUCCAGUCAGUCCAGGCUGAUCCAUUCACAGUUUUAUCAGUUUAAAAAAAGGAUUUAAU